AUGGUUGUUCGACGUGAAAAUGUUAGUAUCAAAUCCGAGUAUGCUGUGGUGGAUAACAGAUAUGUUCCCUUUGAAAAUUAUUUUCAUAUUGGUGUAGGCGAAUGUUCAACAGACAUUCACGAUGUGUUUCUAGAUGUGGGUAUAUUUGUAAAUGGCAAACAAUUAUAUGAUAGUGUACGUUUGUAUGCCCAGCCGUAUGGUAAAGAGCGUGAGGUACUUUAUGUUUUGUCAGUCCAUGAAAAAAUAUUUAAAUUUAAUGAUGAAUUAAUUACGGGUAAAUUUUUAAAAUUAAUAAUGAAACAUUUGUUAGUGUGCCGACAUUGUAAUAUGUAUGUGGAUACAUUGGUUGAAAUGAUUUGUACGACAUUAGUUAAACACGAUCCCUUAGCAAACAUAAAUGAGCCCGAUAGUGCAGAUAAGGUUUUACCCAGUGGUGUGCCCUGUUUUUCAUAUAUUUUGGACGGUGAUUUUGUUGUUAUGCGUCGAGAUUCAUAUAAUGCACCGUUAAAAACUUUGGGGCCAUUACAAUCGAAGAAAGACAUAAAUAUUUGUAGGGAUAUUAUUGAACCGUUUUUUUCAGCAACAUUGAUAGUAUUAUCUAUAUAGGGGUAUGGAAUGUAGUAGUAGUGUUAUAUUACGUAGUAAAUAAAGUCUAGAAAAUUAAAAGCAAUAAAAAACAUUUUACAUUUUUUAAAAGAUGUCGUCGCGUCUAUAUCACUGCUGUUUAAUAGUGUAAAAUGGGAUAGUUUGGAAACAGUAUGAAAAGAAAUAGGGAUGACCUUUCUUAAAUAUUUACAAUAUGAGUUACAAUUGUGCACAAAAAUUGUUGGCAUUGUUCAAUUUGCUGACCAUGUAAAUAUGAGAAAAUUGCGAACGCCAAUUGCUCGAUGUUGAAUUUCAGGCAUCCUAUCUAGAAUGUGUACAACUUCCUAUGGUUUUACCUCAUUUACGAAUAUGGUUGCUAUGUUUGCAUCAUGAUCUUCCCGAGUCGGAAAUUAAAGAGCGUGGUGUUUUUGCAUUGGGUGGUAGAAAUCGAGCUUUAGAAGAUGAUAUGGCACCUUACAUAACGUUAUUAAAGAAUUUUAUGAAAACUAAAGAUUAUACACUUUGUGUACAUUUAAAGGCAGGUCGUAAAAUAUGCGGAUAUGCUGAUGCGCUAGAUAGGUUACCCAUUGACGGGGUAUAA